AUGAGGGAGAGGUUCGAGCUCAACUUCCCUAGUGAAUGGUGUUCUGUCCCCACGAUCAUUAUUCUGGCUGCGAACCCCUUUGUUGCGUCUCCAACUGCUAGACUCUUCGACACAAUUCCUCAACGGUUGCAUCUGGGUCUGCAGAUCGCUGGGUCUGCCAUCGCCUACUAUCCUGCUCUAGAGAAUGACGAUUUAGGGUAUGUAAUAUUCCGCCGUGGCAUUGGACUUGAUCAAACAACUGAUUUCUUCUUCAUGGAGAAAGUGGACAUGCUCAUUGGUCGUUUUUGGGCAUGGCUUUUGAGAAAGACCAGACUAGAAAGAGUUUUGACCAGGAAAUCAACUUUGAGGAAGAAAGAUCCAAAAAAAGAUGAUGAAACUAGUGCUGACAUACAGGAGGAUGACUUAUUCGUUGAACGGAUCCGUCUUGAGACCAUGGAAAUCAGUUUUCGCAAUCUGCUGGGCAAAAUCACCAUCCAAGAGCCUACCUUUGACAGGAUAAUUGUUGUUUACAGGCAAGCAAGCACCAAACUAAAACAAGAACGAGGAAUAUUUUUGAAGCAUUUCAGAAACAUCCCAAUGGCUGAUAUGGAGAUUGUUCUUCCAGAAAAGAAAAAUCCAGGUUUAACACCAAUGGACUGGGUCAAAUUUCUGGUUUCUGCUGUUGUUGGGCUCGUUGCAGUAGUGGGUUCGCUUGACAUGCCUAAAGCUGAUCUUUGGGUCAUAUUUGCUAUCCUUUCAACUGUGAUUGGCUAUUGUGCCAAGACAUACUUCACGUUUGAACAAAAUAUGGCUGCAUAUCAGAAUCUAAUUACAGAGUCUAUGUAUGACAAACAGCUGGAUAGUGGAAAGGGCACUCUUCUUCACUUGUGUGAUGAUGUGAUUCAACAAGAAGUUAAAGAGGUAAUUGUUUCAUUUUACAUACUGAUGGAACAGGGAAAAGCUACUCGACAGGAUCUUGAUCUGAGGUGUGAAGAACUAAUUAAGGAGCAAUUUGAGGAGAGUUGUAACUUUGAUGUGGAUGAUGCUGUUCAAAAGCUAGAGACGUUGGGAAUCGUUGCCCGGGAUUCGAUAGGAAGGUACUACUGCGUUGGCUUGAAGCGCGCUAAUGAGAUCAUUGGCACCACCACAGAGGAACUCGUCCAAGCAAAACAGAGUGGUAUCACUUCUUGAUGUUUUUCCCAGACUCUGUGCUCUGGCUGCGCUCUUUGAGAGUCCUUUUGAAAUUCUUGGGUGUGAGUAGAUAUGUGUUGCGUUUACAUUCAAACCAUCUCACCGAUCUGUGCUGUGCCAACUUCCGUGGGGUUACCCUUACAUUGUAUAUGUUGAUUAAUUCAUUGUUUAGUUUUCUUAGUCAUUUGCAUCCAUAGGGUAUAGAGGUAGAGCGGUAUAGUGGGAUGAAGGGUUGACUUCUUGCUUGCACUCUCUAUAUUUGUUUUCAUGUCCGACACUUUUUAAAGGUGGAAGGAGGAGUUUGCAGGAUUGAGUUAUUUUGUGUGUUGGGGGGAUUAAAAACACUUGUAUAAUAAUGUCACAGUUGU